AUGAAACUGUUUGUUUUAUUUUUAGGGCUCCUCGCGAGGCCUCAGGCUGUUUCUCUCACUCGUCGCUUUGAAAGUGAAAAAGUGUUUCGUGCGGUACCUAAGAAUGAAACUCAAGUGAACCUUCUGAAAGAACUGGCUUCUGCUGUACAGCUUGACUUCUGGCAUCCUGAUUCAGUUCAUCACAUUGUCAUUGGGACAGAAGUGGAUUUCCAAGUCAGUUCAUAUCUGGCAAACUAUGUUCAGAUGAAGCUGGAACAGAAUGAGCUACAGUAUGAAAUUUUAUUCCACAAUCUACAAGAAGAGAUUGAAAAGCAAUUUGAUGGAGGGAGCUAUUUCCGCAAGAAGCACAGCUACACAAAAUACAAUGACUGGGAAAAGAUUGUUGCAUGGACUGAGAGAAUUGCUAGAAAUAAUCCCAAAAUGGUCUCCCGAAUCCAGAUUGGAACGACCUAUGAAGGGCGUCCCAUGUACCUUCUCAAGGUUGGGAAGGAGACUGGCAGAAAGAAGGUCAUCUUCAUGGAAUGUGGCAUUCAUGCACGAGAGUGGAUCUCACCAGCUUUCUGUCAAUGGUUUGUGAAACAGGCCACCAGAACAUACGGAGAGGACAAGGUCAUGACCAAGCUACUGGACAGCAUGAACUUCUAUGUUCUUCCUGUGUUCAACAUUGAUGGCUAUGUCUGGACAUGGACUGAAGAUCGCUUGUGGAGAAAGAACCGUUCCAAUAAUUCUAACAGUAACUGCAUUGGCACUGACUUGAACAGGAAUUUCAACUCCGCUUGGGGCACAGAAGGUGUUUCUGAUGAUCCUUGUGAUGAAACCUACUGUGGACCCUCUGCAGAGUCUGAACAAGAAACUAAGCAAGUUGCAGACUUUAUUCGGGACAACCUAGCCAUCAUCAGAGGCUACAUAAGCGUCCAUGCCUACUCGGAGCUGCUGUUGUUUCCUUAUGGCUAUACGUACAAGUUGGCACCCAAUCAUGAUGAACUGAAUGAAGUGGCGAAGGGAGCAGUGGAUGCUUUAUCUACUCUCUAUGGCACAAAAUACACAUAUGGACCAAUCGCUGAAACAAUAUACCCUGUCUCUGGUUCUACUAUUGACUGGGCUUACGACGAGGGCAUUAAGUAUUCAUAUGUCUUUGAGCUUAGGGACCACGGUCGAUAUGGCUUUUUGCUCCCUGAAUCAAAGAUAAAGCCAACCUGCAAGGAGACGAUGCUGGCAGUGAAAUAUAUCGCCAGUCAUAUCCUCGCUUCUGUUCCAUGAUUAUGUAUUCACACAUGUCCUGAAGGAAUUCUCUUUUCCUCUCCUGCCUUCUUUUCUUCUAUGGUUAAUUUUUG